AUGCAAUCUAUUUCAAAUCAAAAAUUAAAAACACCGAGACAAUAAGUUUAAAUUUCUCCAUAACAAGAAAUAACCAAUAACUACGAUUAAUUAAUGAUUCAAUAUUCUGAAUUAGAAUAAGAAAUGUAUUCUCAAAGAACUGAUAAUCAAACUAAAUAUCAAUAAAUUGUUACUAAAAUUGACAACAUUUACAAUGAAUUAACAACAAAUAUAAAUUAACUUUAAUAAUCAUCGCGCUAAGAUUACUAAUAAUUAUUAGAAGAAUUAAAAUCCUAAAGAGAACAAAAUAUAUAAAUGUUAUAAGCUAUUGCAUUAAGACAGCAAGGAAAUAAAUAGUAAUAAUUAAAUGGGCACAAAUAAAAUUUAUCUGAUAAUUAAUAUGAUUACAUAGAUUAGUAAGAAUAACAACUUCUAGAAGAUCUUUAAACUUUGGAUAGCUAUAAACAAUAGAAAUAUGAUAUUCAUGAUCUAAUUCCAGUCAGUUCAAGAAUUUAAAUGAAUUAUUUAUCACCUACAAGUCAUCAAAGAAUCAGUUCUAAUUACAACAGCAUUUAACAAUAAAAAUAACAUACACCUUUAUAAUCUACUCAAUAUUCUUAAAAUACACCAUAAAUACAAUAUCUUAAUUAACUUAGAUAAAAUUAUGGCAUCAUAGAAUUUACUUAAAAUCAAAACAUUCAAUAUUAAUAAUAAAAGUAUUUACCAGCCCCAUAAUAAGAGAAAGUACAAUCAGCUAGAUAUUAAAUUAAUUCAUAUGGAGACUAUUAAAAUAAAAGCCCAAUUCUGAUCACAAAUGAGGAAUAAAUUGUGGAUUAAAGAAAUUCAUAUUUUCCAAUUAGUGUAGAUGUCUAACCGGAGUAUUAAUAAUCGAUACAUUAGUAAGAGUAGCUUUAAAAAUUUAAUGGAAAUUUCUAAGGAACUCUACCUUCACAUAAACACAAACCCAUUUUUGAGUAAUAAAUAACAAAUAAAUCGAGGAUAACAGAACUUAAUUAAGGCUUAUAUAUUAAAGAUAUAUCAUUAGAAAAAUAAAUAAUUAAUAAAGGUGAUUAAGCAGAUUAAAUAUAGCAAUUAUAAUAAACGGCAAAUCGAAGAUAAAAUUCUUAAUAAAGUCUUCCUUAAAAUUUUUUUUAAUAAUAACCAAGUGUUAUUCAUUAAAAAGAAAGAAUUUUUGAUCUAUCACAUAUAAAUUUGAGUAGAGAUAAAACUUCAUAAAAAGUUUUAUAAUAACAAUAAUAACAAUAAUAAUAACAAUAAUAAUAACAAUAAAAAUAAUUACAAUAACAAUAAUAAUAAUAAUAAUAAUAAUAAUAAUAAUAAUAAUAGUAAUAAUAAUAAUAGUAAUAGUAGAUCCUUAAUAUAUCAUAAUUUGAAUAUCAUAACAUCAAUCAAAAUGAAUAAAUUCUUCCUGUUGAAGUCUAAAAUUAAAAUGUACUUAACGAAUCAUAAUAGAGCAUUAUCAUGGAUUUGUAUGGUAAUUUAGGCUAUGAUUAAUUUUAUUAAUAUCUCUGCCAAAAAUACCCUUUAUCAAAUAAAUCACUAUAGAUUCAUAAUAAGCCUAAUCACGGAGAUUAAAGAAUUUUAAGACAGGAUUAAGAAGCAUUAGAUUUAAUGUAAUAUAUAUAUUGUACAAUGUGUGAUCAAUUCAUAUCGAUCAAAAAUGCAAAUAAUCAUUUAAAUUUCUGUAUAAGUAAUAAAAAUAGAUAACAAGAGGAUGAUAAAUAUUUAGAUUUAUUUAUUUGUUGUACAGAUCCCAAAAAUUAAUAUAUAGAAACUAGACAAUAAAAAUAAAUAAGAUUAAUAAAUGAAUUGACCAAGAUAAAAUAUUUAAUAGAAGUAGCCUUAAAACAAAAAGAAUACACAUAUGAAUAAUAGAAAUAAAAAGAAUAUUGUUUAUUUGCUCUUGAAAUUCUCAACUAAAUAAUAUCAAAUCCGAGAAAUCUGUCCAUAUAACAACAAACUUAAGAUUUAGUAAGUAUUUAUUAAGUAUUGGAUUAACAGUAAUAUAACUUUUAUAAAUAGAUAGUGUUUUUAUUAUAGAAAGCGAAUAUUAGAGCUUCAUAAUUAAUUUAAUGA